GGAUGUUGGCUGCUCCCGCUGCCGCCGCUCUCGGCGCUGCUCGGGGCCUCGGCCGCUAGCAGCAGGCGCAGUCGGGACCUCUUGCUGGGGGCGGAGACGCACGCAGCUGCUGGGGGCUCGGCCGGGCCCUCCCGGCCUACGCAGGCUGAGAUUCUCUUUGUGGCCAGAUGGGUUUGUAUGGACAAACUUGUCCAUCUGUAACUUUGUUAAGGAUGACGUCUGAACUGGAGAGCAGCCUAACAUCUAUGGACUGGUUACCACAGCUCACCAUGAGAGCAGCUAUCCAAAAGUCUGAUGCUACACAAAAUGCACAUGGAACCGGAAUUUCUAAGAAGAAUGCACUCCUUGACCCGAAUACAACCCUGGACCAGGAAGAAGUUCAACAGCACAAAGAUGGGAAACCUCCUUAUAGUUAUGCCAGCCUCAUCACAUUUGCAAUUAAUAGCUCACCCAAAAAGAAAAUGACUUUAAGUGAGAUUUACCAGUGGAUUUGUGAUAACUUCCCAUACUAUAGAGAGGCUGGCAGCGGUUGGAAGAAUUCCAUACGGCAUAAUCUGUCAUUGAACAAAUGUUUUCUUAAAGUGCCUCGAUCCAAGGAUGACCCUGGAAAGGGGUCCUAUUGGGCAAUAGACACCAAUCCGAAGGAAGAUGCGCUGCCUACUCGGCCAAAGAAGAGGGCACGAUCUGUAGAACGGGUAACAUUGUACAACACUGAUCAGGAUGGUAGUGACAGCCCACGAAGCAGCCUUAACAAUAGUCUCUCAGACCAGAGUUUGGCAUCUGUUAAUUUGAACAGUGUUGGAAGUGUGCAUAGUUAUACACCGGUGACAAACCACCCAGAACCUGUUUCUCAAUCAUUAACGCCCCAGCAGCAAUCACAGUAUAACCUUCCAGAACGAGAUAAACAACUGCUUUUCACAGAAUACAAUUUUGAAGAUCUUAGUGCCUCAUUUCGGAGUCUUUAUAAGUCAGUUUUUGAGCAGUCACUUAGUCAACAAGGUUUGAUGAACAUCCCUUCAGAAUCCUCUCAGCAGUCCCACACUUCAUGUUCCUAUCAGCACUCUCCUAGCAGUACAGUGAGCUCUCACCCACAUAGCAACCAAAGCAGCCUGCCCAACAGUCACAGCGGCCUCAGUGCCACAGGCAGUAAUUCGGUUGCACAAGUCUCCCUGUCCCACCCCCAGAUGCACACACAACCAUCUCCACAUACGCCUCUUAGACCGCAUGGUUUACCGCAGCACCCACAGCGUCCCCAGCAUCCAGCACCGCACCCGCAGCCACACAGCCAGCUCCAGCCCCCUCACUCCCAGCACCCCUCGCCACAUCAGCAUAUGCAGCACCAUCCAAACCAUCAGCACCAGACGUUAACACAUCAGCCACCACCCCCACCCCCGCAACAGGUAUCCUGUAAUUCUGGUGUUUCAAACGAUUGGUAUGCAACGCUUGAUAUGCUAAAGGAAAGCUGUCGAAUUGCCAGCAGUGUUAAUUGGUCAGAUGUAGACCUUUCACAGUUUCAAGGUCUGAUGGAGAGCAUGAGACAGGCAGAUCUCAAGAACUGGUCAUUAGAUCAGGUUCAGUUUGCUGAUCUCUGUUCCUCUCUUAAUCAGUUCUUUACUCAAACUGGCCUUAUCCACUCACAGAGUAAUGUUCAGCAGAAUGUUUGUCAUGGUGCCAUGCAUCCAACAAAGCCUUCCCAACACAUGGGGACAGGAAAUUUGUACAUAGACUCCAGGCAAAAUCUCCCUCCCUCAGUGAUGCCGCCUCCUGGAUAUCCUCAUAUCCCACAGGCACUCAGCACUCCAGGAGCAGCGAUGGCAGGCCAUCACGGAGCCAUGAACCAGCAGCACAUGAUGCCUUCCCAAGCCUUCCAGAUGCGGCGCUCCCUGCCUCCAGAUGACAUCCAGGAUGACUUUGACUGGGAUUCGAUAGUGUAGGGCUUAUUUCUGCAAGGCACCAGGCUCCAGCAUCGCCUUUCUGUGCACUGAAAGGAAAGGUUUAGAGUCCAGUGGAGAAAACAGUUGUGUUACCAAUGUUAACAGAAUUUCUUUUGAAGACAAUCAAAGAUUUUAGCUGGAUAACAACUUACUGCUUUUAUCUGACCCAAAUGAGAACUAAAUGUUUGUCUCCCUGCCAACUGCCCUAUGUAGCUCCUAACUGUUGUGUGAUUUGGACAGCUUUUUGCAUAUUUGUGUCAGUUGAUGUUAACCACAAGUGCCAGACUGAUUUUUCAGACAGAGCCUAUUUUGCUGUAAGCAGUUUAUAGAUACAUAUGUGUAAAUAUAUGUACAAACAUUCAUGAAAGGCUUCAAGUUUUUUCUGAUUGGAUCAUUGUGUCUUGAAAAGAAAGUUGCUGCCAGUUUUUAUUUCUUGUUAGGCUGUUUUCUGCAGGAUACCUUUUCAGUGAUGUAGGGAACUGAGGAACUGAAAGGAAAUCGUUUUCCAAAGCCCAGUUUCCUGGAUUUAAACUUUAGAAAUGAGACUAAUAAUGACUUCUACCAAGUAGCCAAGGAACCCAGAGCUUGAUGCUCUUAGUAGUCCAGAGGGAGUGUUCCUGAGCAUUCUAGAGAACUGAGCAAAUUUGUUGUGGUGCUGGGGAAUUCUAGAAUAUGUGUGUACUUGUCUGUGUGUGUUUCUGUUCUGCAUUGAAAUAGCUCUGAGAUGUGUUUCGACUGAUUAGAAGCUGGGUACUGCUUGGCUCUUCAAAUCAGUGUCUCCAUAUUCGCUUAUAUAUUUAUUAUUCAAAAGUGUUAUUUUAAUAUUUAUUGCUACUUUCUGUGAAUGCUCAGCUCCUCUUGGGUUCACUAAGGAGAAGUUUGAAAGCACAUGUUUUUUGGUUUUGUUUGUUUUCCCAGGUGAGUAAAUUUCUCUAUCUCAGCCUUCCUGCUAAGUGAAACUGACAGCUAAGUGAGAGUUUUCUGGAUUUUGAAACAGAGUCCAUUUAGGCAACAAUAUCAAAGCAGAGUUUAUGUAGCAAGUUUUCUCACUGUGUUAAGGUGGCACUGUGAAGGGGACAGAGCUCUGCAGACUCCAGAGCCUCAGUCUUCCACGCAUUUACAUGACCUGCUGUUCUGUUGUCCUCCAUGUCUGUAUCAUGAUGUUGGGCCACUUCUAAAUGAAGCCCACCUCUAAGAGUUUUUAUUAGUUGCUUUGUUUCCUGUCAUAUCACAGUUACUUUGCAUGGAUUGAUUAUGUUAAAUUUUUAAUAAAGCUAGAAGAAAUGAUACUAUCUGCCCCUCCCCAUGAAUAGAUUUUUGAAUUGGUCCUUUAUGGAGAAAAAAGUAUGUUUGAAUGAGGAAGUAGAUUCUAUUAAAUCAAGGAGAAAUAACUGCUCACCAGUGGCUUGUUAGCAUCUCUGGUCUCUUACCAGCCAUGCUAAAUCACUUUAAUUAGCCUUAGUGAUUCCAUGGCUGAGCAUUCUCUACUUGAACUAAACAAACAUCUCUCUCUCUCUCUCUCUCUCUCUCUCUCUCUCUCUCUCUCUUGUGUGUGUAUUGAAUGUGAAUGUGUGUUUUAAUAGAGUGUUGCCUUGAAUGAAUCAUGGGGAAGCCAGCUGUGGUGCAGCUAGGGAGGGAGGGAGAGAGAGAGUGCGCUUUAGGCUUCUCUGUUGUUUGAACCCUGCUUGGCAUGAAAAAAGGAAGCUCAGUUCCAGCCCUCUGCAUCAGUGAAAAUCAGAGGAUUCUGAAUCUGCAGCCAGUAGGCCUCUCAGAAGGAUCAGACAAGAUGAGAUGGCAGCCUGCAGAGUAAAAGCGUGCAAAAAGGGGUUGGGGGUUUUUUCAGUGAGCUACUCAACCAGCGGUUUUGUAACUGUUGAAAUUGCUUGGGUAGCAAUGUGCACUUUAAAUAUUUGGGGGUAUUGGAAUAAUGCAGUUUCCUAAAACUGAGUGAUUUGGGUAGGACCACUGAUGAUUUUACAAAUUGUGUGGCACUAACUUCCCAUUUGGCAAUCAUUUACUGAUUUGCAGUGAUCGAUAUUUUUAUGAAUAUUUAAACUGACCAAGAAUGACACUUGAGGGCAGUCUCCACCCAGACUCCUCACUCUGCUGUGACUCCUGUAGGGUUAGGGGCUCAGUACGGGCCUCUGUGGGCCUUGACCAGCAGGGCUAACCUAGUGCGGUGCAGAGUCCCUCUAGUGGCCAUUUCUGUUGGUAGUUGAUGACCCAGAGCAAGUUGGUCUUGGACUAAAAAUGACUAGAGAUUUGGGGGUAAGAAUAAAAGCACGGAAACAAAUGGGGCACUCUGUCCAGGAGAAUAAUCCGACUGGCAUUUGUGGCAGUUUUUGAAAUGUAAAUGUAUUCCCGUGUGUUCCUGUAAAUAUUAAAUACGUGUCUCUUAAAUGUCCUUUGAAGUGGGAGGGAAUCAAUCUUGGGAUAAUUUCAAAUGGAAUAGAGUAUUUUGAUAUUGUUCAUUCAGAGGGUGAUGUGUACAUAUCUGUAUUGUAUAUAUGUGAUGAAAUGCAUUGGCUUUUUGUGCACACACAACCUGCUCUCUGUACUGCUGUUGGACAGUCAGUGUUUUAAUGUUUCUACAGUUUUGCUAUUGCACGAUUUCAUAUUCUGCCAAUGAUGAGUGGCACCCAUUCUUUGUAACCAUUUAGUGCUGUAAAGAAAUAUUCCAAGUGUCAUUAGGAUUGUCGCUGCCAGAACUGAUAUGCAUGGAUGGCACUAAAAUAAAUAUGUUAACUGUA